UAAAAAACUCCAUCCUGUGAAGAAAACGUAUGACAACGGAUUUUCGAAAGUGACAUUUCAGGAGAGAAAUGCGUCUGCGAGCGAGAGGAAGACGCGUGUGCUUCGCCCAGUGCUGGUUUUAAAUACCUGCUACGCGCCCCACAAAGAAGGCUAAAAAGUGCUAUUAGCGGCCAAGAAAGUGUUUGGCAACAGCUCAGCGAUCCAUGCUCUCGCGGCAGCAGCAGCGCGGCGCAGCCCGAGUCCACCCCCUCCUUCUGAUGUGCGUUAUUACAAGCAGGAGUACCCAAUCAAACACCUAUCGCAUCGAUUCUCUCAGCGGCUUCCCAACGCGCGCGGACAAAAUAAGCAAACGAGGCAGCGCGCGAGCGACAAGUCCAUCCAUCUCCUCUUUUAAGCUUUUUAUCUUUACCCUGGUUUGUGUAUUAUAAAAGAGAUGGACGUUUGAAAGACGGUGGGCACUUGGAGUCUUUGGGAUUUUCACAGAAAUCUAUCGGCGACAGAUGUUUUUUUUUUUUUUUUGCCUUUUCAAAUUGUAUGCGGUAAACGUUACUCGGACCGGACUCCUCAUGGAUAACACGUUUAUUCAAGCGGUCGACUUGCCUGUUGCAGCUUCCAGCGCGGAGUGAGUGAGGAUCGCACUGAGGCACGAGCGGUUUUCCUCCCCACUGUCUCCGUCAUAUCCAGAAGACGCGCGGGGGGGAAGAGAAAGCGGGAAGAGACGGAAAAUCCCGCUUCGUCUUCAUCCUCUUCAGAUCUUGCCGUCUGAUUUUUUGGUUUGAAAACUGCCAAUACAUGUCAGGCGUGUGAAAGCGCCCCGGGUGCCGUGUAUCAGAGCAGAAGCGGAGCAGCUUCUCGGGGCUCCUGAAAAAAAAACCCUGAAAGAGAAUCAUGCCGCGGAGGAAACAGCAAGCGCCCCGGCGCUCGGCAGGCGAGGCAGCCCCCUCCCUGCCCCGCACUCAAAGACCACGUACCCCGGCGGGACGGCACAAGCGGGCGAGUAGGUCAAAUGACAUCUUUUGAUCAGAGCUGUCCAAAGAGAUCAGAGGAGAGUGGCAGCAUAUGUGCCAGAGGAGCUAAAGGAGGCUGCCUUACUAGAUGAAGAUGUUGAAGGAGAGGAUUCAGCUGUGGAGGAGGAACCUGCCAUGAAGUAUGUGUGCCAGGACAAGGACUUACUCCUUAAAGACAGGCAAGGCCUCCAUGAUUCUCCACCGGCGGAUUUCUCUAGCCAUGAAAUGGACAGCGAAUCACACCUGAGUGAGUCCAGUGAUCGCAUGUCAGACUUUGAGAGCGCCUCAGUAAAGAAUGAAGAAGAUAUUUCAGCCAAGGAGCCCCUCACAUCUCUUUCAUCAACUUCAUCUGUGAUGAUGACGACAACAGCCAUGCCAAGCAGUGAGGAGACAACAACUUUAGGCCCAGACAGCCUGGAGCAGAUGAAAGUUAUCUACACUAGCUUCCUGACCAACUCUUACUGGUCAUCGCUGAACUUGAAUAUGUCUCAGCAAACAGCAGAAAAGCCCCAACGUAGUCACAGUAGUAGCAGCAGCAGUAGCAGCAGCAGCAGUAGCUGUGGUAGUGGUGGUUACGACUGGCACCAGACAGCAGUGGCUAAGACCUUGCAUAAUGUUUCACAGAACCAGAGUAGACUGCUGCACCCAGCAUCUGAGCCAAACCUCUUCAGUACUGUACAGCUUUAUCGGCAGAGCACCAAACUCUAUGGUUCCAUCUUCACUGGUGCAAGCAAGUUCCGCUGCAAAGACUGCAGUGCUGCCUAUGACACUCUGGUUGAGCUCACUGUGCACAUGAAUGAGACGGGCCAUUACAGAGAUGAUAACCAUGAGACAGACAGUGAAGGUGCCAAGCGCUGGUCGAAGCCUCGCAAGCGUUCCCUGAUGGAGAUGGAAGGAAAAGAGGAUGCCCAGAAAGUUCUUAAGUGCAUGUACUGUGGCCAUUCAUUUGAGUCACUGCAGGACCUUAGUGUUCACAUGAUAAAGACGAAACACUACCAGAAAGUGCCUCUUAAGGAACCAGUAACUCCUGUGGCAGCCAAGAUUAUCUCUUCAGCUCGUAAAAGAGCCCCCAUUGAACUAGAAUUCCCCAGCUCACCAGAUUCCAAUGGUGGCACCCCCAAGCCUUCUUUGUCUGACCCCAAUGACUUUCUUCAAAAGACCCCCAAUCCCUACAUCACAUCUAACAAUCGGUAUGGACACCAGAAUGGUGCUAGUUAUGCAUGGCAGUUUGAGUCACGGAAAUCCCAGAUUCUGAAGUGCAUGGAGUGUGGAAGCUCACAUGACACACUACAGGAGCUGACAGCCCAUAUGAUGGUCACAGGACACUUCAUAAAGGUUACUAAUUCUGCCAUCAAGAAAGGCAAACCUAUCAUGGAGUCAAUUUCCACAACGGCUCCUAACACCAUAACUACUAAUGAAGAAAAGGUACAGUCAGUGCCACUGGCUGCCACCGCAUUUUCCCCACCACCACCUGCACCUCCUCCCCCUUGUAUCUCCCCUGCCAUCACACCCAUGGAGAUUAAAAAGGAGGAGAAGGAAGUGGAAUGUACCAAGGAGAUAAAUGAUAGCAAAGACAAGAAGGCAACAGAAAGUGAGACAGACGAGAAGUUUGAAGUCUCUUCAAAAUAUCCAUAUUUGACAGAGGAAGAUCUUGAAGAAAACCCUAAGGGGGGGUUUGACAUUCUCAAGUCUCUCGAGAAUACAGUAACAUCUGCCAUUAACAAAGCACAGAAUGGCACACCCAGCUGGGGAGGCUACCCCAGUAUUCACGCGGCCUACCAGCUUCCAAACAUUAUGAAACUGUCCCUGCGCAGCUCAGGGAAAAGUUCUCCUCUGAAAUAUAUGUUUUCAGGAGAAGAGAUCCUGUCUCCUAUCAAAAGCCAGCCUCUAAUUUCUCCACCUAGUUGCCAAACAUCCCCUUUGCCCAAAAACAACUUCCAUGCCAUGGAGGAGCUAGUCAAAAAAGUCACAGAAAAAGUGGCCAAAGUAGAGGAGAAGAUGAGGGAUCCCGGAGCUAGAUCUUCCCCACUUCGACGUACCACACCUUCCCCUUGCAGUAGCGAUGCAGGGGAAUCUGCCAGAGCGGAGUCCCCAAAGGAAAGAAGAGGAGCCAAAACCCCUGAGACUAAUGGGGGUGGAAACACUCACAAACACUCAAAUGGUGAUGCUCUUACAAAAGAGUUUCUGGAGAAUGGUACCGACCAUGUUGUCAAAACCCCUGUGACUAACUUAUGCAGCAGCACUGCAAUUAUAACCGACCAUCCUCCAGAGCAGCCAUUUGUCAACCCUUUAAGUGCGCUUCAGUCCGUCAUGAAUGUUCACCUAGGAAAAGCUGCCAAACCUGCCCUGCCAUCCCUUGACCCCAUGAGCAUGCUCUUCAAGAUGAGCAACAGCAUGGCAGAGAAGGCAGCUAUAGCUGCCUCUACUCCAUCUCAAACCAAAAAAAAAAACGAUCAUCUAGACCGUUACUUCUACCACGUCAACAAUGACCAGCCUAUUGAUCUGACCAAAGGCAAGAGCGAUAAGAGUAACUCCCUGGGAUCUGCUGCCCUGUCCUCCUCUACCUCCACUCCCACCUCAAUUUCACCAUCAUCAGCCAUCACCAUGGCAAAAGCCUCAUCUGCUGUGGCUUCCUUCAUGUCCAGCUCGCCUCUGCGCGAAAAUGCCCUGUCCGACAUCUCUGAUAUGCUACGCAACCUCACAGAGAGUCAUGCUUCCAAGUCCUCCACACCAACGAGUCUUUCAGAGCGCUCAGAUAUAGACGGAUCGACGGCAGAGGAAGCAGAGGAGAUCUCUCCCGCUCAGAAACGAAAGGGUCGGCAGUCCAACUGGAAUCCUCAGCAUCUACUUAUCUUGCAGGCACAGUUUGCCUCCAGUUUGCGGCAAACGGGUGAUGGCAAGUACAUUAUGUCAGACCUUAGUCCACAGGAGCGCAUGCAUAUUUCCCGCUUCACUGGCCUCUCAAUGACAACCAUCAGCCACUGGCUGGCCAACGUCAAAUACCAGCUGAGGCGGACAGGUGGCACAAAGUUCUUGAAAAAUCUAGACUCUGGCCACCCUGUCUUCUUCUGCAGUGACUGUGCAUCACAGAUCCGUUCCCCCUCUACCUACAUCAGCCAUCUUGAGUCACAUCUGGGAUUUCGGCUUAGGGACCUGGCUAAGUUGUCUGGAGAGCAUCUUGUUAGCCAGAUCUCACGCCAUAACAAGGGGCUUUCUGAGAAACUGCUUUCCACCCAAGCACAUUCAAUCCCCAACCCCUGCCCUCACUCACAUUCCCCCUCCCCUUCCCCAGAUGAGGAGGCAAAUGGCACCUCAUAUCAGUGUAAACUGUGUAACCGGACUUUUGCCAGCAAGCAUGCUGUCAAGCUCCAUCUGAGUAAGACUCAUGGUAAAUCCCCUGAGGACCAUCUUAUGUAUGUUAGUGAACUUCAGAAACCUUAGCGAUGGCCAAGGACAGGAAAGUAAUUAAUGAAGAACUAACUGCACAUAGAUGCCAGCAGACUACUGUUUAGUUUUGGCACAGCAUUUGGAGUUUUUCCCUGGGGAACACUUAUUUGGCCCUAGAGACAUUACUUUUCUGCAUUUUUAUUUCACAAUGAAAAACAAAGAAAAUUUAAACAAUGAUUUUCUAACUGUGCAGUGCUGAGUGAAGAGGUCACUGGUAAAAUAUGAAGGUAAAUAAAAAUACUUAAAAUGAA